AUGUUGCGGGUGUGUGAGAAACUCCGUGAGGCGGACGAGAAGGGCAGGAGGUACGGACUAGCCCGGGCGGAGACAGGCUACCUCCGUGCCCUGGUGGACGCCAUGGCCGACACGGACAGGCUGGCGGAAGUGGAGCUGCUCAAAACUCUGGGCGACGUGAACGUGGAGAAGGGAAGACUCGGGAAGGAUGUGGGGAAGUUCAAAGCAGCCUUGGCUCUUUACAUUGCUGCUAUGGUACGGUGUUACCAUGAAGAACAGGCAGAUGGUAUAGAACACCGCUACCACUACACGGAGAGACUUUUACAAGGGCUGUCGUCACAGGGUAAGGGACAGUCAACUGAAGACAAGGAGACGACUACACCUGCAAAGGUAGCGGCAAUGUUUCAAGCCCUGGACAAGAGACGGGCUACCGGAGGUCACACAGACUCUUUGCUUAUUGGAUACGCACAGGUGAUGGUAGAGGCGAUAGUAAACGACAACAGCAUGUUAGAAACAGAAGCGACCAAGAGUAUGGGUGACGUGUACCUGAAAAGAGGAACAGAAACUGGAGACACUAGAAAUUUGACCAGAGCUACUGCUCUGUACAACAGGGCACUGGCGCGGUGUCACAACGUUCAUGGAACAGUUGUCAUUGUUCACCGCUUACUGCACACCGCAAAAAUCAGACAAGAUAUCGCCAGAGGAAACAAGGUGAGAGAACUAUUUUGAUUUGAGCAUGACGAAACUUGGCAGUGCUGACUUCCGGGUUCCCACUUGGUUUGCUUAGCUCCAUAAAUCCAGUCAUGCAUAUCGUGCCGCUAAGCGUAAAGCGUAUCGUGUCGCUUAAGGUCAUGGGCUUUUUCUUGCGCUAGAAUGAUACCAACUUCUUAUUGAUUUAUCAACGUUAUUGCUUAAACGUCAUUGCUGAACAAAAAUAUGGUUUAUGCGUUUGCACUAAAUUUUUGACGACAGAAUAGUAUAAAAAGCUAUGAAGAUGUAUGCAUUUUGGUCCGUGGGUCUGUGUGUGUAACGUUACAUAUUGACAAUAUUAUGUCGCCCUUGUAGUUAGAUGCUGUCCAAAUAAACAACAAAUCAUCACAUUUUAUAUUCCCGUGUAAAUACUCCGUAUUUAACAUAGACCCAGUUUGCUUUCCAGGGGUCA